ACAGCCGUUCGCUUCUGUUCUGAUAGGAAAUGCGGACUCAGGAACAGCGUAUUGUCACCAGGCUGUUGGGAGCUAUUGCUGUCUCAACAGCCUCUUCCGGGAUCCUCUGGGGCACUCAAUGCAUGCGCCAAUAAGCUCAGCGUCAAAUGCUCUGUCCUCUGGCAAAGCUCACAACAGAAAGGUCUCGGCUGCGGAGACAUUAAGCCACAUCAGGGGUGGUCAGCUGUCGUUACAACAGACGGGCUCCUGCUUGGGCAGGUAAAGGUGGGCUAAGCUACCCGUGUCCUUUAAUGGGGCUUUUUGCAGAUAUCCUAACUGACCUGGGCAGCGGACGAUACCGCGUUAAGGACAUGAGCCUACUAUAGUUACCGGAGCAGAACCAGAACCUCUUCUAAAUACUGAAUUCCCACCAGUUUAUCGCAAUGUCCUAUGCAAUACAUCCUCUGUCGCUGCCGCGGAGCUUUAAAGAACAGGUCGAACAGUGUAUUCCACGCAGCCUGAGCUACAUCAAUAACCUGUAUCAGAACGCGCAACUGGCCGAGGGAUUUGGCAGUCGAGGAUCGGCCGGCGGGAUCGCCAAAAAUCAGCAUGCCUUCCGACAGCUUCCCCGAACGCAAAGCACAGUAAGUAACAGCUGCGAUCCAGAACUUCGGCCAAUAAUGCGUCGGAGAACCAAAUCACUUCCCUGCUCUCCCGAAAGGAGAAGCGCCGCUAAAUGCCGGCCUGGAUGCCAUAAAGUGAGGUUCGCAGACUCCCUUGGUUUGGAGCUGGCCGAGGUCAAGGUUUUCAAUGCUGGCGACUACCCAUCCAUCCCUCUGCAUGUCCUCUCCAGGCUGUCAAUCAACUCGGACUUGUGUUGCAGUCAGGAUCUGGACUUCUCCAUCCUGUACUUGGAGCCGGAUUUCCAGCUGCCGUCGGACGGCGAGGAUUUCUGGCGCAGGCUGCAGCAGGACUGCGUCUGUUUGGAACAGGUCACCAGCUCGGUGGAGCUGGGGAUUUCGGGCACCAUCCGAGUUCUCAACUUGGCUUUUGAAAAGUUGGUCUGCGUUAGAUAUUCCUUCACCGAUUGGAAGACUCACUACGAAGCGCACGCCCUUUGGCAAAGCAGCGACAAAUCCAGCGACCCGGAGUCCGAUGUAUUUUCAUUCGUUCUGCCGCUUCCCCCGUAUCUGCAGCACAUCUGCUCGGCCGUACACUUUGCCAUCAAGUACCGGGUUAACGGAAAAGAAUACUGGGAUAACAACCGGGGCAAAAACUACAGCUUCACGUACAGGAGCCACUCUCUGAAAAUGCCUAAAGACAGCGAGCAGAGCUGGAUUCACUUUAUCUAAAAAAAAAACCCAAAAAACAAAUGGAGUGAAAUGUUUUCCAGAAAUGAACAAAGUGUCGGGGUUGGGACACGGAACACAAAGGCAUGAAAGGUCCCGAUUCUAGAGCUUUCAGUGUGAAAGCACCUGCACGGCAUUGUGUUUUAAAUCUAGCACAUGCAGCACUUGUGCCAAAAGGUGAAGCUCUGCCGGCUCGGUGAAUGCUUCUGUUUAGUCUGCAAACGUCGUGGGGCACAUUGACGUAAAAGUGAAUUUAUUUAAAGUUCCCUCUUGUGUUGCCUUAAUAUGCCCCGGUCAUGGAAUUGAAGGUGACCCCCGAGCCACACUGAGGUGGGCUUUCAAUGGGAGCGCCAGAGACAGGCUUACCCGGCAUUAGCUUUCUCUGUAAACUUCAAACACGUUACAAAGUCUCAGCUCUUCCAAAAAAACAAUUCCGUGUGCGUGUGACCCGU